AUGACCAAGAUCGAAAACUCCCACGUGGAGUACACCAACGAUGACACUGAAAGACGACUCAGCACAAGCUCGUCAGUCAACUCCAAGAAAUCUGAGGUUAUCGUUUCCACAAUCACAGCUACCUUGCCUCCUACCCUGGCUUCUCUGAGUCAAGAUGACAUUGAUGUUCUGGAGAAGAAGUUUGUGCGACGAAUCGAUAUUCGAAUGCUACCCAUGCUGAUGCUUCUGUACAUUCUUAACUACCUGGAUCGAAAUAAUAUCGCUACUGCCCGGUUGGGUGGACUUGAGAAGGAGCUCAACUUGCAUUCGGUGCAGUACCAGACAGCUGUUAGUAUUCUGUUUGUUGGUUACAUUCUCAUGCAGAUCCCCUCUAACAUGAUUGUUUCUCGACUCGGAAAGCCUGGUCUUUACCUCACUACCUGCAUGUUUAUCUGGGGUACUAUCUCAGCCCUGACUUCCACUGUUCACAGCUUUGGUGGCCUCGUUGCUUGCCGAUUCUUCCUGGGUUUUAUUGAGGCCGUCUACUUCCCUGGAUGUCUCUUCCUCCUGUCUUCCUGGUACACCCGAAAGGAGCUGGCUCUUCGAACUUCGAUCCUGUACUGCGGUUCUCUGAUCUCUGGUGCCUUCUCUGGUCUACUUGGAGCAGCAAUUAUGGAGAACAUGGAUGGUAUGCGAGGCAUUUCCGGCUGGAGAUGGCUCUUCAUCAUCGAGGGAUCUUUCACGGUUCUGGUUGUUCCCUUUGCCUACAUCGUUCUGCCCGACUUCCCCCAGACCACUUCUUGGUUGAGCCAGCAGGAGAAGGAGCUGGGUAUCUGGCGUCUCCAGCGUGAGACUGGUACUACCGACAUUGACUCUGAGGAGUCUGCCUGGCAGUUUGUGAAGAAGAACAUGCUUCUCGUGCUUAAGGACCCCAAGGUGUGGCUGGUUGCUGGCAUCAACUUCUUCAACGUUGCCGCCGCUGGUGUCACCAACUUCUUCCCUUCUGUUGUUGAGACCCUUAACUUCUCCAAGACCAUCACUCUUGUUCUCACUGCCCCUCCUUACCUCAUUGCCACUGUGUUGGUGCCUCUCAACUCCUGGCACGCAGAUAAGACCGGUGAGCGGUGCUGGCACAUUGUCCUUCCCUUCUGUGUGACCAUUGCCAGUUUUAUCAUUGCUGCUGCCACUCUCAACACUGGAGCUAGAUACUUUGCCAUGUGCAUCAUGAUUCCCUCCAUCUAUAUGGGUUUUGUGGUGACCCUCACCUGGAUGAGUAACACCAUUCCUCGUCCUGCAGCCAAGCGAGGUGUUGCGCUGGCCCUCAUGAACUGUCUCAGUAACACAACCUCUAUCUGGAACUCAUACCUGUACCCCAAGUCUGCUGCUCCUCGUUAUGCCCCCGCCAUGGCUGCCAACUCCGUGUUCCUUCUCGUCGCGAUUGGAUGUGCAAUUGCACUAUCCAUGUUGCUCAAGCGAAUCAACAAGAAGCUGGACCGAGGCGAGUAUGACAUUGUGGCCGAGUUUGGUGAAAAUGAUGACGAUCCUGUUGUCGUUCACCAGACCCAGAGCUUCCGAUAUGUUUAUUAA